AAAAAAAAAAAAUCAUUAUCCGUACGGAUUUGGCCUUAAACACUAGAUUCCUUCCGCUGAGAUUUCGGGUGAAAAGAACAAUAAAAAACAUAUAUUUCUGAAAUUUAUUGCGGAGGAUUUAGCUAAUGCCGCCGGAGACCAAUCCUUAUGUGUCUUUGAUUCAUCAAGAAGAUUAGAAGAAGAAAAGAUGGUGAUCAUUUUUUGGGGGUCUGACUUUUGUGCUGCCCCGUUUUAGUCAAUCCAGCCGUGCGAGUUACAGAGAAAUUUAUCGUAAGGAACAUAAACACAUAAUAGCUUGAGGGUCUGGUAUACUGUCCAUAUAUAUAUACAUAGUUCUGAGAGAGACGCCCUUUUACCAAGAAUGACAAUAGAUAACAUUACACAUGCAAAAGAAAAGAAGUCACGGAAGAGCAAGGAAGUUAAAGAGAGCUCACCGCUAUUGCCUCAGAAGCACGAGGGUGAUGCUGGAUUUGAUGAGUUCAAUGGGGCGUCCUUUAGUGGAGCAGUGUUUAAUUUGUCCACGACAAUUGUUGGGGCUGGAAUUAUGGCCUUACCGGCAACUAUGAAAGUGUUGGGCCUUUUUUUGGGGAUCGCUAUGAUCAUCAUUAUGGCAUUCCUGACAGACGCUUCAAUUGAGUAUUUGAUUAGAUUUAGUAGGGCUGCCAAAUCAACUUCUUAUGGAGCUGUUAUGGGGGAUGCCUUUGGAAAGACUGGUAAAAUAUUGCUCCAAGUAUGUAUACUAGUCAACAACAUUGGCGUGCUUAUUGUGUACAUGAUCAUCAUAGGUGAUGUGCUUUCUGGAACAACCGAAGAUGGAGUUCACCAUAACGGUGUUUUGGAAGGGUGGUUCGGGGUGCACUGGUGUAGUGGAAGAUUCUUUGUUCUUUUGGUCACUACCCUUGGCAUCUUUGCACCAUUGGCCUGCUUAAAGCGUAUAGAUUCAUUAAAAUUUACAUCUGCCCUAUCAGUUGCACUGGCUGUUGUAUUCCUUGUUGUGACCGUUGGAAUUACCUUAUACAAGAUAAUUGAUGGAACCGUUCUGAUGCCCAGAUUGCUUCCUGAUGUUUAUAACGCGUCAUCAUUUUUAGAACUCUUCACUGUAGUUCCCGUCCUUGUCACUGCAUAUAUCUGCCACUAUAACGUUCAUACCAUUGACAACGAACUUGAGGACAGUACACAGAUUAAAGCUGUUGUUCGAGCUUCACUCACACUUUGCUCAAGUGUGUAUGUCUUGACAAGCAUCUUUGGAUUCCUCCUAUUUGGCGAUGCAACUCUUGAUGACGUGCUCGCAAACUUUGACGCCGAUCUGGGAAUCCCAUUCGGUUCUGUUCUCAAUGAUAUUGUUCGUGUUAGCUAUGCUGCACACUUAAUGCUGGUCUUUCCGAUCGUCUUCUAUCCCUUGCGACUGAACUUGGAUGGUCUGGUCUUUCCAUCUGCAAGGCCUUUAGAACAACACAAUUUGAGGUUUGCGUCAAUCAGCACUGGGCUUUUAGUUGUCAUCUUCCUCGGCGCAAAUUUCAUCCCCAGCAUUUGGGACGCUUUCCAAUUCACGGGAGCAACAGCUGCUGUUUGCAUUGGCUUCAUAUUCCCCGCUGCUGUUACUCUGAGGGACCGGUAUGGCAUAGCAACAAGAAAGGAUAAGAUCUUAUCCACCUUUAUGAUCAUCCUUGCUGUGUUCUCUAAUGUGGUGGCUGUAUACAGCGACGCCUAUGCUUUGCUUAAGAAGAAUGCGUCACUGCGAGCGUGAUCGCUCUUUUUGUCACCUCCCAUGAAACUGAAUUUAUCAGAUACAAGCUCAAGUUGUGGUUUUUUGUUUCCAAAAUUUGAAGAAAAAUAAAGGGGGGAGGAUAUAGGGAGGGAGGGAUUGCAUGAAGUGUGAUGUUUAGUGAGUUAAUGGUAUUUGAUUUUUUCUUUUCGGGGGUAUACUGCAUUGGUAUCUGCAUCCACAGAGUCGAGUCUUCCAAGAACCGUACGUACACCUGGGGUUCAGAAUCCCGACCUCGUGUUUAAACAACUCAAGUCGUUUCUAUUCGAGUAAACGUCUUUCAAUAAAGCUGAUUAUGCAUUCUGCUCAGUGUUGUUUUGAGCAGCAUAGUUCAAAAUGUAUGUAGGGUUGUAUAGUGCUGUGUGGUACCUUUUAUGAUAGUUUGAUUUCUGUCUGUAGAAUGUAUUGUGAGUAGUGCAAAUUAUGAAUGGUCAUGGCUUCUGUUUCAAUGUAAACAUGAAUGUUAAUAGCUUCUGUUUCAAUGUAUACAUGUGUGCUUGAUAUGGGUUGUAUUUA